CUAGCUUAUGAGUGAUAGGUAAGUGGAAAAAGAUAGACACUCCUCUGCCAAACGCAUCGGAGAUAGCGAGGCCAUGUAUUUUUUCCCCACCACUAACCUCUCAUACUUCUCUCUAUAAAUGUGUCUAUAUAUUUAGAGAGAGAUUGCAAGUCUUCUCUUUGUCUCUUUCUCUCUCUACCUUUCCUUCCUCAUCGCAUCGCAGUUCUGUGUGAGUUUGGAGAAACCCUAGAAAGAAGAGGAAAAUCAGGGGAAGUCGUGGGUUUACAACUGUGAUUUGUUUGUGAAUUGGUUCGAUCUGUUGAUUUUAGCUUGGGAUUUUGUGGGAUUCGAGGUGGGGGAAAUAUGUCGUCGCUCAGCAGAGAAUUGGUUUUCUUAAUUCUUCAGUUCCUUGAGGAGGAGAAAUUCAAGGAGUCUGUUCACAGGCUUGAGCAGGAGUCGGGUUUUUUCUUUAAUAUGAAAUACUUUGAGGAGAAAGUGCAUGCCGGUGAAUGGGAUGAGGUUGAGAAGUACUUGUCUGGUUUUACAAAAGUGGACGACAAUAGAUACUCUAUGAAGAUAUUCUUUGAAAUAAGAAAGCAAAAGUAUCUUGAAGCUCUUGAUCGGCAAGACAAAGCAAAGGCAGUUGAGAUUCUUGUGGGUGACUUGAAAGUGUUCUCAACCUUUAACGAAGAUUUAUAUAAGGAAAUUACUCAGCUACUAACACUUGGCAAUUUCAGAGAAAAUGAGCAGCUUUCCAAAUACGGUGACACAAAGACAGCUCGCAGCAUAAUGUUGAUAGAGCUAAAAAAACUUAUAGAAGCAAAUCCUCUUUUCCGUGAGAAGCUUGUUUUUCCUACUUUGAAGUCGUCUAGAUUGAGAACCCUUAUUAAUCAAAGUCUGAAUUGGCAGCAUCAGUUAUGUAAAAAUCCUCGUUCAAACCCAGACAUUAAAACCUUAUUCACUGACCAUACAUGCACUCCUCCAAACGGUGCUCUUGCACCUGGUCCUGUGAAUCUCCCCACAGCAGCUGUUGCAAAGCCUGCUGCUUACACAUCUCUUGGAGCACAUGGGCCCUUUCCACCUGCAGCAGCAGCCAAUGCUAAUGCAUUAGCUGGUUGGAUGGUAAAUGCAGCUGCAUCUUCAUCUGUUCAAGCAGCCGUUGUUACAGCAUCAUCAUUACCCGUCCCACCUAAUCAAGUUUCAAUUUUAAAGCGCCCAAUCACGCCCCCGGCUACGUUGGGUAUGAUUGAUUAUCAAAAUGCUGAUCAUGAGCAACUGAUGAAACGCUUGCGACCUGCACAGUCAGUUGAGGAGGUAACGUAUCCUACUGUUCGCCAACAGGCACCUUGGUCUCUGGAUGACUUGCCUAGGACUGUGGCAUUCACAUUGCAUCAGGGAUCUGCUGUGAUAAGCUUGGACUUCCAUCCAUCACACCACACAUUACUCCUUGUUGGAUGCAAUAAUGGCGAGUUAACACUUUGGGAAGCUGGGAUAAGAGAGAAGUUGGGUUCAAAGCCUUUCAAGAUUUGGGAUAUACAAGCUUGUACUUUGACAUUCCAGGCUUCUGCUGCUAAGGAUACACCAUUUUCUGUGACCAGAGUUACCUGGAGCCAAGAUGGGACUUUUUGUGGAGCUGCAUUUUCCAAGCAUUUAAUCCAUUUGUAUGCAUAUGCGGGACCGAGUGAUUUGCGUCAGCAUUUGGAGAUCGAUGCUCAUGCAGGCGGAGUGAACGACAUUGCUUUUGCUCAUCCAAAUAAGCAGCUUUGUGUUGUAACCUGUGGUGAUGAUAAGUUGAUAAAAGUGUGGGAUUUAACUGGAAGAAAGCUAUUCAACUUUGAAGGCCAUGAUGCACCUGUUUAUUCUAUAUGUCCUCAUCAGAAAGAGAAUAUUCAGUUUAUUUUCUCUACUGCUGUUGAUGGGAAAAUCAAAGCUUGGCUUUAUGAUAAUAUGGGAUCGCGGGUGGACUAUGAUGCUCCUGGCCAUUGGUGUACCACUAUGCUAUAUAGCGCAGAUGGAAGCAGAUUAUUCUCCUGUGGGACAGGAAAAGACGGGGAUUCAUUUUUGGUUGAAUGGAAUGAAAGUGAAGGCGCAAUCAAGAGAACAUACACUGGGUUCAGAAAGAAGUCGGCUGGUGUUGUGCAGUUUGACACCACUCAGAACCACUUCUUGGCUGUAGGUGAAGACAGCCAAAUAAAGUUCUGGGACAUGGAUAACACCAAUAUACUCACAACUAUAGAUGCAGAGGGUGGUCUUCCUAAUCUUCCACGCUUGAGAUUUAACAAGGAAGGGAAUCUGCUUGCUGUUACUACUGCUGACAAUGGAAUUAAGAUAUUGGCAAAUGCUGCUGGCAUGAGAGCGUUAAGGACUGUUGAGGCCCCGCCUUUUGAGCCAUUAAGAUCCCCGUUAGAAGCUGCAGCCAUUAAGGCUUCUGGAUCAUCUGUUGCAAAUGUUGCUCCUUUGAGUUGUAAAGUGGAAAGAAGCUCUCCUGUUAGGCCCUCUCCAAUCCUUAAUGGCGUAGAAACUCUGGGUAGGAACAUGGAAAAGCCUAGAGUUUUGGAUGAUGUUAAUGAUAAGGUGAAACCCUGGCAGCUAACUGAAAUUGUAGAGCCUGGUCAGUGCCGUAUGGUAACCAUGCCAGACAGUACGGAUGCUACGAACAAAGUUGCUCGGCUUCUUUAUACAAAUUCUGGUGUUGGCAUAUUGGCCCUCGGGUCGAAUGGUAUACAGAAGCUUUGGAAGUGGAGCCGUAAUGAGCAAAACCCGAGUGGAAAGGCCAACGCCAGUGUUACUCCACAACAUUGGCAACCGAACAGUGGUCUUCUUAUGACUAACGACAUCUCAGGCGUAAACCUCGAGGAAGCUGUCCCGUGUAUUGCUCUUUCUAAGAAUGAUUCUUACGUAAUGUCUGCUGCCGGAGGUAAAGUCUCGUUGUUCAACAUGAUGACAUUCAAGGUCAUGACGACGUUUAUGCCGCCACCACCGGCUUCAACAUUCCUAGCAUUCCACCCACAAGAUAACAACAUCAUAGCUAUUGGAAUGGAAGACUCAACUAUUCACAUCUAUAAUGUUAGAGUUGACGAGCUUUCCAUCUGGAGUAUCGACACAUGGGAGAAGCGAAAAUCAGUCCCGAUACAAUUACCUGCCGGUAAAGCACCAUCAGGCGACACUCGUGUGCAAUUCCAUGCUGACCAACUUGUUUUUGCUUCCUGUUGUGAUGGUAAUGUUGGAAUCUUUGAUGCUGAUACCUUGAGAUUAAGAUGCCGAGUCGCUCCAUCUGCGUAUUUGUCCCAGGCAGUAUUAAACGGAAGCCAAGUGGUACACCCAAUUGUGGUGGCAGCCCAUCCUCAGGAGCCCAACCAAUUUGCCGUUGGGUUGACUGAUGGGUCGGUCAAAGUUAUUGAGCCAACAGAAUCGGACAGCAAGUGGGGAACAUCACCACCCGUAGAUAAUGGGCUUUUAAAUGGCCGGCCUGGUUCGUCGUCCACGGCUAGCAAUCAUGGGCCUGAUCAGGCCCAAAGAUGAAAUACUCUGUUUGGGCUAGUUGUGUAUUGUAUCAGUGUAGAUUAUUGUAGGUCUAUUGUUGUUGUUAUUAAUAUUCACACUGUGUUGUGUGAGCUGUACGAUGUCACGUAUUUGUAAUGUACGACUUUCUUAUUUGCAAAAGAUCAUUGCACACGUCAUUCAAUUAAUUUAUUAUUAUUAUUUUUUUUAUGGUUAGAUACUGGCGAUCUCUAAUUCUCUAUAGUCUAGAUAAGCAAUCAUCGUUAUUCCCAUUUACGGAUUUUUGGGGAUUGAAAGGUGAAAUCAAU